CCGGCUUUACACAGGUGAGUCAAACGGGGAGAUAAUUAACAACGUGAGCGCUGUCAGUCGCGAGGACGCGUUUUAAUGCAAAAGUAACGUUACAUUCAUAUAUUCUUCCAUAAAUGUCACCCGUUAGAAAACAUUUUUGGUUUUAAUUCAUAGUAAAAUGCUAAACAAACUUCAUUGACCAUGAGGGAAGAUACAACUACGGGGAACGAGGUGGAGGCGGACGAGAGUGCAGCAGCAGAGGUUGCAUCUGGGGAAAGACGACCUAGUCUUGUGAGGCUACAAAAUAUGCUGAAGAAGGUUUCCCAAAGCCCUUUCCAUAAUCAGUACAAGACUCUUGAAUCAUCAACCUCUGACUCCAGUGGAUCAGUUGCGAACGAGUCUCAAAACAAACAGGAUGGUGAGUUCCUUACUGAUCUCUCAUCUGCUGCUACAGAUGUGACCGACAACCACCAGCUCCACUUAGACCAGUUGGGGGUAAGAGCCUGGAACGGUGUGAAGAUGGAGGAUAAUCAUCAUCUUCCUACUGUGACAAAGAAUGGAGUGCAGGAACCGCACCAUUUAAGCCCUCGGAAUGGAGACAAUGGGGAUUUGACCACAAUGAACCCUUUUUACACAUAUCAUUUGGAAUCGGGCAGCAAAAGUCCUGUGAUGGAGGACGAAGGGAGGAAAACCUCAGAAGCAAAACUCAAUACCAUCUUCAUCCCUCCGCCUGAAUUUCAGAGUUCACCUCUGGAUCUUCAAACUGAAAUUAAGACUGUGGAAAAUGGAGCCAACGUUUCUGAACCUCAAAAGGACCUGUUCCAAGCCCCUACCCCCAACUGUACCAAGGGCCACUUCCAGGCAUCAGCAUCGGCCCAGAACGCACCUGCCAAUGGCCAUUUUCAUGACGUGACCCUGAACUCACCAGACUUAUUUAAGACACUUCCCACUCAAACCCAGAACCUCUCCAAAACCUUGCAGUUAAAAAGCUCUGACCUGUUUAAAGAUGAAGGGGUCAGUCUUUUCCAGGCUGCUACAGGAGAGGAUUUGCUCCAUGCUGAGUGCACUAGGGAGGUGAACAUCUUUGAUAAAUCUCCCAGUGUUUUUGUAGACCCAUUCAAAUCUCCUUCAAACAAGGAGGAUGAUCUGUUCCGGUCUCCACAGCCUAAGGCAACAAACCCAUUUCAUACUGCCAAAACCAAUGAAGCAGAUUUGUUUCAGGCAGUUCCAGCUAAUAGUGAGGGACUCUUCCAGACCAGGGAAAACAAACAAGAUCCCUCUACCAUAGAAGACCUUUUUGGCAUGUCCUCUAAGGGAAAUCGGGAAGUAUUUUCUUCUUCAUCCACAGCUACAUUCGACCCAUUCCCGAGUCCAAUUACAAAGGAUUUAUUCAAAGACGUUUCCAGUUUGGAUGACCCAUUUGGUACUCCUCUCUCAAAACAAUACGACCCUUUCCAAGAUGUUUCAAAUGGGACUCCAGACAUCUUCCAACCGCUUUCCUCAAAGGCUAACAGCACGAAUAUAUAUGAGAUGACCCCGAGUAAUACAGCCUCUAAGGCCACAGACUCUACACCUUCACUCAGCAGUCCGUCAGAAAUGAAGUUGGACAUGCUAUCGUCUUCACCAGAUCUCUUCAAGGCAAUGCCAACAGGAACUCCCCCAGCCAUCCAACCAAAGUCUUUUGACGGGCCACAUGAUAUUGUCUUGACGACUCCUCAGGGAACUAAACAUGAUAUUCUUCAGCCGACUCCUUUCAGUCGGGCCAGUAACCUGUCCAUGUACUCAAGCCGGUCUCCAGCUGAAAUGUCUCAUGUAACGACCUUCAGACGUCCCCCAAAGCCUCUUCCCCGAAUGAAACCACCAAGGAAAGAUAACCCUCCAAAACCAGAAAAGCCUCCAAAACCAGAAAAGCCACCAAAACCAGAAAAGCCACUUACACCAGCAAACCCUAUUGAACCUGAACCACCUGUGCCAAAAACGUCUCCUAAACCAUUCUUCAGACCCCUCCCAAAACCAGUUAUUCACAGCAAACCAAAAACCGAGGCAAGUAAACCGAUGGACCAGGAGAACUAUGCCGUAUUUGAGGACAUCCUGCUUAUUGGACAGGAAAGGUGUGUUGAAGACUGGCCUGAAGACAGCCCUGAGCUUAACCCCGAGUUCAAACCAUCUGGAACAUUGAGACUACGGCGAGAAUCAAUGAAAACAAAGGCGGAUUCCGAUGGAGGAAGUGGCGAGGAUCAGGACGGCUCUGGGGGUCAAAGCAAGAAAAAGGACAGAAAGUUCGGAAUGUCCCUACUUUCCAGAAGAUCGUCAAAGGAUAAGUUACCUGAUGACAUAAAGGAGGGGAGGAGCAGGACACUACCCACCUCACGUAAAUCAUCAAAGGAAUAUCUUUCAGAUCUACACACGUCUGCAGGAGAGAAUGAAGAUGGGGAGCACUAUGGGAUGGAAUACAAACAGAAGAAACAUCUAAAGACCAAAGUCAAUCAGCUGCUUAGAAGAGCAUCCACUACUUCCUCCGUGCCAGAGGGAAAGCACAUGAACGGACAUUUACAAAAAUCCAGGGAUGAUGGCAACAAUAAGAAAGGCGUUGGAAAGAAAAACUCCAUACGCAGAUGGUCAGAGGGGACUGUUUUGGAUGACAGCACUGGUGAGGAGGAGGAGGGAGGGGAAACCCAGCACGGAGAGGUUGACGACCAUGGAUUUAAGAGAAAAAAGAAAUUAACAAUCAAGUUUGUGCCACAGAGAGGAUUUGCCAUUGUCAAGACUGAUGAUGAGCUGAAGGGCGCACACGGAUACACACCUCGCAAAGGCUCAAAGGAGAAAUCACAUGAUGAAGUUUUAGGUGCACAUGGCUACACACCUCAUAAGAAGUCCCAGGAUGAAUUACAUCAUGAUUUUGAGGAUGUAGAGGAGCUGAAAGCCCAACGUCUUCGGUCAACUAGCAAGGCCGCUUUCAUGGAUGAUGAGCACUUACAGAAAAGCCUCCAUAUGUCUGCUGGAUUUAAUGGAGAUGAAGAUUCAUACGGAAUGGAAGACUGCAAACCUAAGAAAUCAACAAAGAUGAAACUACUGCACAAGGGUCGUCGGAGCUCUAAGGAGGACAUGCUGGAUGACGGUCUUCGUAAAAAGAAGAGCAGCUUCUCAGCAGAGGAGUUAGACGAUGACGAGCUGAACGGGAUGGAGGAUUGCAAACCGAAAAAAUCCACACGAAAAGGCUUCCCUGUUCCUAUCCCACGCAAAUCUAAGACGGAACCAGCUGAAUUCAGCCACCACAUGCCUCAGCAAGCAUUCAGUGAUGCCUUUGCUGAGGAUCACAUUACUCAAAAAGGAAAAGAUAUCAUGGGUCAUGGAAAGAUGUCUGACAGCGAACAAGAUGAACUGGAAACCUGCAAACCGAAGAAGUCAUCUAAACUGAAAGGUCUCAGAAAACACAAGGCUAAGAGCAAAGCCAUGCAUCCAGAGUAUGAAGAUCCACCAGGAGCUACGUGUAGUGACUACCUGUCAGAGGCUGCUAAGGCGGAGUGGCUGGCUGCUCAAGUGGAUGAGCAAGCUAUAGCAGGAAUGGAGGAUGAGGACGAGGAAGGGGACACUGACAGUUUGAUGGAGUGGUGGCACACAGUGGAACAAUGGGAUGAGGUGCCAUCAGAUGAUGAGGACAAAGUCUUGAAAGAGGAUGAGUCCAGGUCCUUCACCAACUUGGCGAACAAGGUUCAUCGCGGGCUGCGCGUCUUCAACAAGGUCUUCACAGAGCGAGCUGAGGUCCUCUGGCAUUCCAUCAUCACGCUCCACGCCAUCGCAGACGACAUCAGCAGUUUCCACCAGAAGGCCAAGAUCGCCGGCAUCACCGGUGGCACCACCACAGCUGUGGGUGGUGCGACGGCCAUCGCCGGCUUGGCGUUGGCACCCUUUACCUUUGGCGCCUCUCUCAUAAUUACCGCUGUUGGUGUGGGCGUGGCAACGGCUGGCGGAAUCACUUCAGCCUCUGCGGCCAUCUCGGAUAAUGUUAACAACAUGCAAGACCGGAAGAAGGUGGAGACAGUACUGCAGGAGUAUGAAGCUCACCUGCUGCACAUUGGAAAGAUCCUCCACUUUAUCAAUCAGGGCCUGUACAAACUCCGUGGCCAUCCCUUCCUCAGGUCUGGCACCCAGCACUACUCGCAGGACUGGGAGAUCCGCAGGGCCGUCCAGAUGAUCAGCUUAGUGGACACGCCUGUGAUGCGGGCGACAGAGAUAACGGACGCUGCUGUUGCCUCGGUCCAAGGACUCUUCAAAGGCAUGGACAAGUACUUCAUCAAGGACUCGCGAGAGCUGAAGAAAGGCUGCAAGAAGGAGGUGGUGGGUCAAAUAAAGGGGGUGGCAAAUGUGCUCAAUGAUGGGAUAGUGGAGCUCAACACCAUCAGGGAGGAGCUCCAGGAUGCUACUGGAAGCAUCUGAGUAACAUCAUGUGUGAUGCCACUUUGACCAAAGUUGUUUCUCAUAGAACUCCAACGCCCUCUCCUGGCUAAAUGAGGGAACUGUUGAUUUUAAAGGAAUUCAUGGGCCCAGCACAUCAGUACCUGUGAUAGUAAGUUUCAGAUAUUUUUAACAUGAGUUUUCUUAAACUAGCAGACUGUGGACAUUUUUAUAAGAAGUUUAAACAAUUUACAGUAUAUUCCAAUAUAUGACAUUAGUCCUGUAAAUAUACAACCACUGUGAAGCUAAUAAUGGUCAUUACUUUGUUGUGAUUUUGGCAGAGAGGUGUUGUUUAAAUUCUGGUUACCUUUGAUGCUGUAAAUUAUUUUGUUGUAUUCGUUUUACAUUAUUUGUAAAGAAGUUUACUGUACACACGGGGACUGGUAGAAAUAACAGGGAAGUGGACACCGUUCUUUGUGCACUGUAUGUUGUUAUCUGGGUAAAAGGUUUAAAUAUAAGGUGUAUCACAAUGUAGCUUUGUGGUCACAGAUGGCUUAAAAUGAAAUGGAAAUUAUAAACGGGUGCACUUCAAAAUAUAAUGCAAUCAAAAUACAGCAAGUAUUUUUUGUUUGGUUAUUAUAUUUUAUUAUAUAGUCAGCACAGCCUUCUCUUGUUCAACCCCUGUAUCAGAUAUCAGUUUAUAUUGGUAGUUCAUAAAGAGGAAACUGCAGACAAAAGAGGUACUUGCAUUGUCUUCUAGAGUUAGAUUUGAAUGUUAAAAUUGAGUUUUACUUUGUUGAAUUAAAGUUACUAUAUUCAUUUACCAACAGGAUUAUGUUUGUAAAUGCUCACUUUUCAUUUAGGUCAUUUUAUAAAGCUAUCCUGUUUUAAGUGUUUUUUAAAGAGAAAAUGUGACAAUGCUCCAUGUUCACAAAAUGAAUGUUGUAUAUAGGGUAAUUUAUUUUUCAUAUAUCGCUGCAUGGCAUUGCUUCAGAACACAAAUCUACUAAACAGCUAAGUAAUGAUUGUAUAUAAUUGAACUGUAGGUUGUGGUUUGCUGAUGCACAGCUUUAUGUUGCAGGUCUGUUGGUGUACUUAAGUAUUAGGUAUUUCUGCUUUUAAAGCCAUACAUGUAACUGUGUAAAAUGAUGGCACACAAAUGUGUUAUUGGAUGCCUGAAUGGCUUAGAAAAACAUUUAAAGCGUCUGUAUUUUGGAAGAAGAAUCCAUGUUAUUGUUCCCUCUAUUUUCUGUACAAAACAAAACUGGAGACGGUUUUGGCAUCCAUGUAAAUACUGUCAGAUAUGCCUGAAUUAUUUUAACCUAUAUGUGCCUCUAUAAUAAUGUAUUUAACUGUCAAACUCAAAGCUAACUAUUAUAUAAGUGAAUAUUUUGUGAAUGCAUAAAGAUUUCUAUCACUGUAUGUUUUAAUUGUGAAAUAUUACGGCCACCUUUGGUCUUACUGGACAAUCCUGAACAGAAUGUGUCUGUAAAGGGUGAAUCGAACACUGAGUCUGUCAAUAAAGUCUGUUUGCCAGUGUGGCCUUUAGGUGA